AUGAAUAUAACAAUAAAAGAACAUUUAAGAAAAACACCUAACAAACUAAGCGAGAACUUAAAACUUAAGCGAAAAGAAGUCAAACACACACAAAUGUCAAUCAAUACUCUAAGAGCUAUUGUGGCCCAACUGGGUGUAAGAAACAUAGGAAGUAAAGCUGAACUAAUCGAGAAAAUAAUAAUAGCAUGUCUAUCUAUAGCAGAACACAAAAUAUAUAAACUAGAGGAGGAACCUGAACAUAGCUUAUUACAGCAAUAUCAAGAUAGUACUGAUCUAGAAGACAUAAGAAUGCAGGAGGAAACAGAAGGUGACUGGGUGAUAAGAAAUAAUAGGCAGUUAAAAAGAACAAAAUCAAUAUCAGCAUCUGAAAACUUACCCUAUUAG